GUUGCUUUGAGAUUCAGAUUCUGUCCACAUUUUGCUCCAAGCUCGCUGCAUUUAUGACGUUAAUUAUGUGUUCCCUCUUAUUUUCAAAUAAGAGCUUAUCACGCAUCUUCCAUAUCUUCCAACCAAGAAACCUUGGCCAGUGAUUAGAGAUAUUACUCUGGCUCUUGUGGAUAAAAUCAAGCAUUGUUUGAAAAAUAUUAUGCUCUGGCUCUUGAUUUUCUCCUGUAAUUAUAUUGAAGAAAUAGAUUAAACUACCGUAAACUUAAAUCUAACGCCAACCUAUAUAUACUAAAUUCGAUUACGAAAUCCUAAACUCAAAUGUAAAAUAUAUUUAUCUAAACUGUUUUACAAAUAAAAAUUGACCCUAACUUUUUUUAAAUAUUUACAAAGGAAUGCCUAACUGCAUUCGUCCAGCUCUCCUCUGCUAUAAGGCCGGCCUAUGUAAUCUCUCUCUCUCUCUCUCUCUCUCUCUGUUUUUGUCUCUAAAGUCCCAAAGUUGAUUUCUUUGUAUGUGAUUUGGGGUUUUAAAGAUGAUCGCUCUGGUGCUCCCAAAGCAGCUGGAGAUCCUUACUGUACUUUGUUCGUUUGUCGAAUCUUUCAUCUUACGUCGGGGGAGACUCUUCGUGAGGUAAGAGUCUGUGUUGUAUACGUGGAGUUAAGAGCUUGCGGUUGGUCAGACACAUUGGCAAAGGCUUUGCAAUUGCUCUGCUUUAUGAUCUUACUUAUGUUGUUUUGUACACAUAUUGACUUAGCAUAACUGUGUUGAUUAUACGUUAUGUUGUUACGUUUUGUUUAGUGACGGGUGCUUCACGAGGAUAUGCUUUUGUGGAGUAUGAGACUGAGAAGGAGAUGCUUCGUGCUUACGAGGUACUACGGUGAUGCUAACCCUUUUUUGUUCUUUAAAACUGUUUGAAAUGUAUAUUUUCUGUUUCAACAGUGGAGUUUAGUUGUCGGAAAGGAAUGUUCUUUUGUGGUGGUUUUUUACAGGAUGCUCUUCAUUCAUUUAUUAAUGGUCCAAAUAUUAUCUAAUCUAUUAAAAGGGAAAUACAAAUAGUACUUAGCCCUGACAUUUCCCAAACAAUUACAGUAGAAUGCCAUUGGGCUUAUACACCGUCGUUUUGUAGCAUUACUAUACCAUAGCAUUACCAUCUAUUUUUUCUUCUUGAUUUUGCUUUGUGUUCUUCGUUGUAUCUCCGAAUUGUUAUUCUUGAUUCUUCAGUAGGAGAUGGAAACUCUCUGCGCCAAGUUUCAAGGUUUGAUUUCUGAUUUUAAUUUCUAGGGAUUUCGAUUUUAGAAAACUUUCAAAACUUUCGUUUCGAUUUGUGUCUCCAGAAAUUUUCAAGUUUUCGGAAUUGGACGAGGUUAAUAGGAAACAAGAAGACGAGUUCAUUACCUUUGUUUCAGGUACCAUCUGAGAAAGUCUCUUCCUUUUUCAUCCAUACUUCAACUUUCACUCUCUUAUUACUUGCUUCUAUGUCGUUAGGUUUGAUUACUAAUUUGUUAGCAUCAAUACCACUCCGAAUCCCUAAGCUUCCUUGUAAACAUUUGGAAUUGUAUAACAAUUCAGUUUCUUUAUUUUUUAUGUUGUUAAUUGCCUGCUGAACUCCAGUGUUUUGAAAGUAUGUUCUUUGCCUGUCCUUCUCUCUUUUUCUUUUAUAGCCUCAGACACAACAUUUGAGAAUUGAAAACCAGAAUUUGAAGGAGAACAUGGAGAGAUUGAGGAAUGAGAUAGCUGAAAUCAGGCAUGUAGUAUUACUGUGUUAAUCUUCUCUCCCCUUGGACUUCCUUCUGGAUUCUUGUGAAAUGUAAAACCAUGGCUGUUUUGGUCCACAGAUAUACCAGGGACGAGGAGCGUUUGGAGUCUCAAAAGUGUCUUGUGGAAGAAGGACGAAAGAGUAAGAAAGUUGAAUUUUUUUUUAAUGAAUCGAGCUUUUCUUUGAUAUCAAAUGCUUUGUCCUUUUACUAACUGGGCAUAAAAAAAUUUACAGACAAGACACUUUCCGAGCAAGUUGAGAAAAUAAAAGAGCUGAUAUCAGAGGGAGUUCCUCACUACAACAAAAAUCAAAGUGGAAGAACACGAAAGACUCCUGAAUCUCCUCAAGUUACAACGUGAAGCAUGAGGAAGCGUAGCAGGCAGACUGAGGAUAUGGUUGAAAUGGACAUGGUAUCACCUAUGAGAAGCAUGAUGAAACGUAGAAGGCAGACAGAGGAUAUCAUGGAAACGGACGUGGUAUCACCUCAUAUUAGCGAAACGCUCUUGGUUUCUCAACCACAAUGCUGUAAAACAACUGACUGUGGAUCAAGUAACUCUGCUGGUUGUCCAUUUCAAGCUCUUGGCGAGCACUUGACCGGAGUGAAAUUGUCAACAAAUAAUAAAGACAAACGAAUCUGCAUUGUUGCCUCCCAUCCAUCAAGUGGUUUAUCAUUCACCUUAACUUGGGUAAAUAACUACGCUGAUGAAGAAGCUGCUGCUGUACAAGGCUGAGUCGUUGGGAAUAUUUGAAAGAGUUGUGUCCAAGUGGAUGAUACAUUUAUAUACAUAUAUAUAUAUAUAUAUAUACGUUCGUAUAAAUUAUUUUAAAUUUAUAUUCCCUUUUUUACAAAGUACAAAUACAUUCAUAUAAACAAACAACUAAAGAAACUGAAUAAUCUAAACAAUAAAUUAGAACAUAUAAACAGUAAGAAUGUUUAUGUGUAUACAUAAGGUGUCCAAUCCGGUAAAACUGAACCAAUUAAACCAAACCGACGUACAUAAAAUAUGGAUUUGGUAAUACCGAAUAUAUCAAAUGUAUUUUUAGAAAUCACAGUAAAUAGAUAUGGUUUGAUAUAUAAAUUGAUCAAUUAAUUAUAGUAGUAUUAUCAUAUGUAAAUUAUAUAAAAUAACUAAUAACAUAAUUUAUUUU